AUGGUAGCCAAGCUCUUCAUCUUGCAUGUUGGAAUAUUUGGUCUUCACCGGAACAGUAGAGUCCCUUUGAAGUGCGCUAAAAGGGUGUUAGAUGAAGAAGCUUUUGAGAAUUCACAGUGGAGUUGGCUUGCUUUCAAGAUUUUAGUAGAGUCCAUUAGAGUUGCUUCUUUUGAUAGAGAUAGUUAUACUCUUCAUGGAUUUGUGCAUGCGGUGCUUAUUUGGGCAUAUGAGUCAGUGUCUAUAUUGGGAGAACAGUUUGAGAAGAGAGUACAAAACGACCAAAAUCCUGAUACAAUUCCUCUCCUACGGUGGCAUUCAUCUCGUCCGCGUUUCAAUCUUGAGAAUGUUAUGGAACAGGGGAAACGUUCGUGUAAGCCAUUUGAGGUGAAUCCGGUGGAGGAGAUAUAUCCAUUUUGGCCUGAUGAAGACGCUAACCCAAAUGUUGAUAAGAAGCUGGAUAACAUGAUCCUAGAAAUUCUUGAUGGGUACUUGGAUGAGUCGUUUUGGGCAAACUGUGAACCCGCAAUCAAGUUAUCCAAGAAAGAAAAAAGGAAGAAGCAUGUUGUUAUGAUGUAG